CCAUGGCCGUACCUAUUGCAGUUCUUGACUGUGACCUCUUGCUGUAUGGCCGCGGACACCGGACGUUGGAUCGCUUCAAGCUGGAGGAUGUCACGGAUGAAUAUCUGGUAUCCACGUACGGCUUUCCCCGACAGUUCAUUUACUACCUAGUGGAUCUCCUGGGAUCCAGUCUCUCUCGCCCUACGCAGCGGUCCAGGGCCAUCAGUCCGGAGACGCAGGUACUUGCUGCACUGGGUUUCUAUACCUCCGGCUCUUUCCAGACUCGCAUGGGGGAUGCUAUUGGCAUUAGUCAAGCCUCCAUGAGCCGCUGCGUUGCCAAUGUAACUGAGGCCUUGGUGGAAAGAGCCUCACAGUUUAUUCACUUUCCUGAGGAUGAAGGUACUGUUCAGAGCCUGAAGGAUGACUUUUAUGGGCUUGCAGGCAUGCCGGGAGUGCUGGGGGUGGUUGACUGCACCCAUGUGGCAAUUAAAGCACCAAAUGCUGAGGACCUGUCCUAUGUGAACCGAAAGGGUCUCCAUUCUCUGAACUGCCUGAUGGUGUGUGAUGCCAGAGGAACCCUCCUGAGUGCAGAAACACACUGGCCAGGCAGCCUGCCCGACUGCACGGUGUUACAGCAGGCAGCCCUUACAAGCCAGUUUGAAACUGAGCUACAUAAAGAUGGCUGGCUACUCGGUGACAGCUCCUUCUUUCUCCGAACGUGGUUGAUGACCCCACUGCAUAUCCCUGAGACACCUGCAGAAUAUCGGUACAACAUGGCGCAUUCUGCGACUCACAAUAUCAUCGAGCGGACGUUCAGAACCAUUUGGUCGCGUUUCCGCUGCCUGGAUGGAUCCAAAGGCACCCUGCAGUAUUCUCCAGAGAAAUCCAGCCACAUCAUUCUGGCCUGCUGUGUGCUCCAUAACAUCUCCCUGCAGCACGGGCUGGAUGUGUGGUCUUCCCCGGCCACGGGACACAUGGAACAGCCGGAAGAGGAGUAUGAGCAAAUGGAAUCGAUGGACUCGGAGGCCUGUCGGGUUCGUCAGGAGCUUUUACUUACUCAUUUCAGCUAA